AUGGGUUGUUCCGUACUGUAUGAGGUCACACCUUUUAUUUUCGACGGAACUAUAUUCAAGCCUUGCACAGAGGAACAGUCAAAGUUGCGCCUGUCAUCUAAAGUUGAGCCUUGGGCUCUAAAGAUGAUUGGAAUGAGAAAAUCUGGGAAAUGUUUGAUUCGCAAAGAUGAAAAGAGCGUUGUAUUAGUUCACAUCAAGAAAAUCAAGCAACAUGCAAGAAAACAAGAUUACUCUAGUUCGGCAUCACUCACAUCUGGUCAAGAACGUGCUGCGCCUGAUGAAAACUUUGAUGUGGAAGCGGAAGAACAGCAGCAGUUGGACCAUGAGAAACUGCGAAAUCGCAUGGCUUCCAUAGGCCAGUCAAUUCUACCAAGUGAAGUUUCGCUAGCUAGCGGGAAUUUGACUUCAAGAAGUGCUACUUAUUCACCUCAACCGGACAGAUCGGAAUCUCCUGAGUCACCAGCAUGUGCAGAGGGACAAGAGCCAUCAACGUCUUGCGAAAAUGAGGACAAUUUUCCCAAAAAAUCGACAGCUGAGCAGAUAACGAAGCAACAGCAGCAAGAACAAGAACACGUGAAAGGACUUUCAGUAGAUGGGGUUAUAACCCUGCAGAGGAUUGUUGGAGUAGAAAUCGACCGGUUAGAGAUUCGCCUAGAAGCUGCAUUAGAGCGAAUGGUUGAUAGGCAUAUGAAUUCCCUUCGCGAAGAGGUACGGUAA